CAUCUAGAUUCCAGACCUUGGUGUUACGGAGUGCCACCAAGCACGCUUACCACCUACGCACAAUGGUCGCAACACAGCCUUUCCAGCGCAUUGUCGCUGCUGAGAUAGACGGUCGCUGUUUGAAUAUCAGAUACCGUCAGAACCAAUUUCACCGUCUACAGUCUAUUCUCGUACAGAAUAUCGAGCAGAUCAAGGAUGCGAUCGCUGCCGACUCGGGAAAUUCGUCGGAGGAGGUUCGCGCCGAGAUCUGCCUUGCCUUUAAAGAAAUUCGCACACACUAUGCUUCGCUAGACUUGAAGAAAGACCUCGAGGAGGAGUAUCGCGUUGCCAAUGGCAAAGAUAAUCAUGAUGGGAAGCGCGGUGCCGGAAUCGUCUAUAUUGUUCCUUCUUCGCAUACUAUGUUUUUCUCUGGUGUUGCGGCGCUGAGUGCUGCUAUUGCGGCCGGGAACUGUGUGAUUCUUGAGUUGACGAAAACCACCAUGGCCGUACCGGGUGUGCUCAAGAAGAUCCUGCCUCAGACCCUGGACGCAGAUACAUUCGCUAUCAGCGAGGAGAGACCAGACACUGCAUUCCUUAACAAAACACAUAUCAUUGCACAAAGUGACUCUGUCUCUCCUUCUUCCAACAGCCUUUCUUCUCCCACUUCAGCCAGAACCGUCGCCAUUGUCGACCGCACAGCCAACAUCUCCGCUGCAGCGGAUGCGCUAGUGUCCGCGCGAUUCGCUUUCGGCGGUCGCUCCACUUACUCUCCUGACGUUGUCCUCAUACAGGAGUUCGCCAUGAAGGAGUUCGUGGAAGCUAUCAUCCAGCGAUCAUCGAAGUAUCUAGCAGGUCAAAAUGGAGACGCUCGUCAGACGGCCGUCAAUCCGCGACGAUCGAGCUCGGGCGCUUCGUUGCUCGAUGCAGCGUAUAAAGACGCCAGCGCACGGGUGAUAGUAUCUGGUUCCGAAUGGGGUGUAGUUGAAGUGCACGACCGAAAAUCGUCUCUUCUGCAAAAGAAGGUAUCCGAGAAGGUGCUCGUCCUGCAUCCGGUGACUAGCCUGGACGAUGCUAUUGAUUUUAGCACGUCCAUGGGAACCCUAGCAGCAACAUACGCCUUCUCCGCCCCCGCAGCAGCCAAAUACCUAACCCAAUUCAUCGACUCCUACACCUCUUAUAUCAACCACGUUCCCGUCGACAUGCUCAUCGGCCCCGCAUACCCCAUCAACCAAAAACCCUCGCGCGAAACUCGCUACUCAGUACCAUCCCUGCAGGUCCCGCGACCCCAAUUCGUAACGGAGACCAGCAACACCGCUCUGGUUCGAGACAUAGUGAGCAGCUACGCAUCCAAGUCCAACGACGCAUUGCGUGAGGCGUUGGUGCCGCUGCUCGCUAUCGGGCAGCGCAGCGGCAAGGCAAUUGGGUUCUUUGAGCAGGGGAUUAUUACUGGUGGGGUGAUCACACUGUUUACGUUUGUGGCGAGUCUCUCGACGAUAGGGAUUUAUGGGUAUGCAGCUGUGAGAAGGUGGAGGGGGUUAUGAGUGGUGUUUUCCUUUAUGUGGAGUAAAUUGGUAUGCAUGUGAGUUAACACUGUUGUGAUCUUGGGUCAGAUUUUGUACUUGUGAGAUAUGAGACUUGGUGUCAUUAUGUGUGAAUACUGUUUGGAAGGAGAUGGUAUCCG